CUGCGCCCGCCGGCCCUCCGCUCCGUCCCGCAGCUCCCCACUGCCCUCUCGCCGCCCGCCAUGGCCCUGCUGCACUCGGGUCGCGUCCUGUCCGGGGUGGCCGCCGCCUUCCACCCGGGCCUCGCCGCCGUGGCUUCUGCCAGAGCCAGCUCCUGGUGGACCCACGUGGAGAUGGGACCCCCAGAUCCCAUCCUGGGAGUCACAGAAGCCUUUAAGAGAGACACCAAUAGCAAAAAGAUGAAUCUGGGAGUUGGUGCUUACCGGGAUGAUAAUGGAAAGCCUUAUGUGCUCCCUAGCGUCCGGAAGGCGGAGGCCCAGAUUGCAUCAAAAAAUCUGGACAAAGAAUACCUGCCCAUUGCAGGACUGGCCGACUUCUGUAAGGCAUCUGCAGAGCUCGCCCUGGGUGAGAACAACGAAGUUUUGAAAAGUGGCCGGUAUGUCACCGUGCAGACCAUUUCUGGAACUGGAGCCUUAAGGAUUGGAGCCAGUUUUCUGCAAAGGUUUUUUAAGUUCAGCCGAGAUGUCUUUCUGCCCAAACCAUCCUGGGGAAAUCACACACCCAUCUUCAGGGAUGCCGGCAUGCAGCUCCAUGGCUAUCGAUACUAUGAGCCCAAGACCUGUGGCUUUGACUUCACGGGCGCUAUGGAGGACAUUUCAAAAAUGCCACAGCAAAGUGUUCUUCUCCUGCAUGCCUGUGCCCACAAUCCCACGGGAGUGGACCCUCGUCCUGAGCAGUGGAAAGAAAUAGCAACAGUGGUGAAGAAAAACAAUCUAUUUGCUUUCUUUGACAUGGCCUACCAAGGCUUUGCCAGUGGUGAUGGUAACAAGGAUGCUUGGGCUGUGCGCCACUUCAUCGAACAGGGCAUUAAUGUUUGUCUCUGCCAGUCCUAUGCCAAGAACAUGGGCUUAUAUGGUGAACGUGUAGGAGCCUUCACAGUGGUCUGCAAAGAUGCUGAUGAAGCCAAAAGGGUAGAGUCACAGUUGAAGAUCUUGAUCCGUCCCAUGUACUCCAACCCUCCUCUCAAUGGGGCCCGGAUUGCCUCCACCAUCCUGAGCAACCCUGAUCUUCGCAAACAGUGGUUGCAAGAAGUGAAAGGCAUGGCCGAUCGCAUCAUUAGCAUGCGGACUCAGCUGGUGUCCAACCUCAAGAAGGAGGGCUCCUCCCACAAUUGGCAGCACAUCACUGACCAGAUCGGCAUGUUUUGUUUCACAGGGCUAAAACCUGAACAGGUAGAGCGGCUGACCAAGGAAUUUUCCAUCUACAUGACGAAGGAUGGCCGCAUCUCCGUGGCAGGGGUCACCUCCGGUAACGUGGGCUACCUUGCCCAUGCCAUUCAUCAGGUCACCAAGUAACUUCCUGGUGAGAGGAAACAGAGAUAACCUUCCUGUCUUCAGUCGUGAGAUUCACACUGAGAAGGGGGGUGGAUGGUGAUGAGCAGCUCGUUUCUUCAACCACAGUGCUUAAUACUCAGCGACUGAACAUGUUUCUCUGAAAAGAACGUGUAGUGAAUAGGGCAGAGGCAUCUGUGACUGGUGUCUGGAACUUUGUGACUCUAAACCAAACUCCCUCAUCCUUGUAUCUUCAGCUUUUCUGAAAGUUUACAUGUACAAAAAAGUCAUAGCCCAAAAAUGACCCUUUCGAUCAUGCCAUUGUGAUAUUCUCAGAAGCUUUAACUGCAGCACCUCAUGGUGCUGGGGGUCCCUCUGUGUAUCCAACAUGAGAAAUAGCUCUUAGCAGAGGCUUUGGGAAGAAGACCUAGUUCUAACACUAACCAUCAGCCUCGUGUUUGUCCUCUUGGAAUUUAGCAACCUUGUUACCAGACCAUAUUAAUAAAAAUCAUGUUUUACGAAAACCAGUGAGUUGGCUGCCACUGCAGCAUGGAAAAAUAAAAGAUGCUGCAUCCCAUCUGAUCUAAAUAAAAAAAGAAAGAAGGCUCUUCUUUUCAACAUUCAUGGGCAUUUCAAUGUUCUUCUCUUCUCCCUUGCCACUGCUCUGCUUUCCCUUAGGCACAAAGUUCUGUAACUAGCCUAGAUUUUCAUCCUAUUCCACUGCUUGAUUGACCAGCAACCCCGUCCUAUAGGAUUUACUUGUUUGAAGAAUGAAGAGCAUAAUUUACUGCUCAUCCCACACCUUCACCCUUCUCAUCAAAAAAUAGCAGAGUGGGUAACUGCACUUUAUUUCAGAAUCCUCUUCAGUGGUUGUUCAAUUGUCUCAUCAGGAUGUUGCCUCUGCCCAGUUGGACUUCACCCCUUAGUUCAGUGCUGUUGCGCAGGCACCUGUCCCUCAUCCUGAGUUGGGCAGUGCAGGGGAGGACCAGGAAAGAGGAUGCUCUGGGCUUUGGUUUUUAUCUGUGUGUGCUACCAGCUGGGCUCAGACUCCAACUUUUGAAAAGAUACCCACGAUCUGCUCAAAUCAUGUAGACUUCUUGCAGCCUGGUUUCUCUGUUACAAUAAAGUUACUGUAGACCCAGCCACCAUCUACUAUACUCUGUCUUUUUCUUUAA